GCCCGGCGGGAGCGCGCAGGGGCUGCUCCCGAUCCCCAUCCCGCUCACAUCCCGCUCCCUUCCCGAGCACAUCCCGAGCCUUGUCCCGGUCCUGGAGCGGCCGCAGGCUGGUUCCCCGAGGUGACAGGGGGGUCCCUGGAGAGGCCAUGGCCACCUAGAGCCUGGCGGGGCCGGAGAUGGCGGCGCAGAGGAUCCGGGCGGCCAACUCGGGGGGUCUCCCGCGGUGCAAGUCCGAGGGGACCCUCAUUGACCUCGGCGAGGCCUUCACCGAGACCAGCCUGGGCGACGUCAAAGUGCCUUCCCCCAGUGCCUUGCUGGUCGACAAUCCCACGUCCUUCGGGAACGCGAAGGAGGUCGUAGCAAUCAAGGAUUACUGUCCGACCAAUUUCACCACCCUGAAGUUCUCCAAGGGGGACCACCUGUAUGUCCUGGACACGUCGGGGGGCGAGUGGUGGUACGCCCACAACACCACGGAGAUGGGCUACAUCCCCUCCUCCUACGUGCAGCCCGUGAACUACCGCAACUCCUCCCUGACGGACAGCGGCGUGAUCGACAACCUGCUGGAGAGCCCCGACGAGGGGGUCAGGGAGCUGGACCUGCUCGGGGAGUGGGCCGAGGCCAAGAGAAACUCUGUGAAAACCUACCAUAACAACCCCUUCCUGAACGGGGCGCAGACAAACCCGUUCCUGAACGGGAACGCGCAGGCGGUGCCCGGCUCGGACAGAGGGUCCCACUCCAGCGUCGCCGUUGACUUGCUGCUCUUCGACACGGGGGCUCCCGCAUCCACCGUCUGCAGUUCUGCCGCCAACAGCAGCCUGGGCAACAUCUUCGAUGAGUUCCCCUCCUCCAACGGGCUGGAUCUGGACCAGCCUGUGAGAAGAGACAACCCCUUCUUCAGGAGUAAGCGCUCCUACAGCUUGUCCGAGCUGUCUGUUCUCCAGGCCAAGUCGGACGCUCCGGCCUCGUCGGGUUUCUUCAGCGGUUUGAAGUCCCCCACCCCUGAGCAGUUCCAGAGCCGGGAGGAUUUUAGGACAGCGUGGCUGAACCACAGGAAGCUGGCUCGGUCUUGCCACGACUUGGAUUUGCUCGGUCAGAGUCCCGGCUGGGGUCAGACGCAGCCGGUGGAGACCAACAUCGUGUGCAAGCUGGACAGCUCCGGGGGGGCCGUUCAGCUGCCCGACACCAACAUCAGCAUCCACGUGCCCGAGGGCCACGUGUGCCCCGGGGAGACGCAGCAGAUCUCCAUGAAGGCCAUGCUGGACCCGCCGCUGGAGCUCAACAGCGACAAGUGCAGCACCGUCAGCCCCGUCCUGCAGAUCAAGCUCAGCAACAUGGAGGUGAAAACCUUCAUCAUCCUGGAGAUGAAGGUGUCGGCCGAGGUCAAGAACGACGUCACGAGCAGGAGCUUGGUGGGCCUGCAGUGCCUGCGGAGCGACAUGAAGGAGGGGCCGUACACGCCCAUGCAGCUGAGCUACUCCUACGGGGACACCAUCCAGGUGCAGCUGGAGAACCUGGAGCCGUGCAUGUACAUCGCGGCCGUGGCCCAGGGGCAGAACAUCCUCUACCCCGCCACCGUCUGGGAUUACAUCAGCAAGAAGAUCACGGUGGGUGUCUACGGCCCCAAGCACAUCCACCCUUCCUUCAAAACCGUGGUGGCCAUGUUCGGGCACGAGUGUGCCCCCAAGACCCUGCUGGUGAACGAGGUCACCAGGCAGUCCCACGGCCCGGCCCCCGUCGCCCUGCAGCUCUGGGGGAAGCACCAGUUCACCCUGUCCCGGCCUCAGGACCUCAAGCUCUGCAUGUUCUCCAACAUGACCAACUACGAGGUGAAGGCCAGCGAGCAGGCCAAGAUCGUGCGGGGCUUCCAGAUGAAGCUGGGCAAGGUGAGCCGCCUCAUCUUCCCCAUCGCCUCCCACGACCCCAACGAGCUCUCGGACUUCACGCUGAGGAUACAGGUCAAGGACGACCGGGACGCCCUCCUGACCCAGUUCUGCGUCCAGACGCCGCAGCCGCCUCCCAAAAGCGCCAUCAAGCCGACGGGGCAGAGGCGCUUCCUCAAGAAGAAUGAGGUCGGGAAGAUCAUCCUGUCACCUCUGGCCGCCACCGCCAGGUACCCGGUCUUUCAGGACCGGCCGGUGCUGAGCCUCAAGUACGGCAAGCUGCUGAAGACGGUGGUGAGGCAGAGCAAGAACCACUAUUUGCUGGAGUACAAGAAAGGAGACGUCAUAGCCCUCCUCAGUGAGGAGAAGAUCAGGCUGAAAGGCCAGCUGUGGACCAAGGAGUGGUACAUUGGCUACUACCAGGGCAAAAUCGGCCUCGUGCACACCAAAAACGUGCUGGUGGUCGGGAAGGUCAAGCCCAGCUACUUCUCCGGGCCGGAUCUCACCACCAGCCUGUUGCUGGAGCAGAUCCUGAGGCCCUGCAAGUUCCUGACCUACAUCUACGCCUCGGUGAGGACUCUGCUGAUGGAGAACCUCAGCAGCUGGAGGUCCUUCGCCGACGCCCUGGGCUACUCCAACCUGCCGCUGUCGUUCUUCUGCCGGGCGGAGCUGGACAGCGAGCCCGAGAGGGUGGCCUCCGUCCUGGAGAAGCUGAAGGAGGACUGCAACAGCACGGAGAGCAAGGAGAGGAAGUCCUUCCAGAAGGAGCUGAUGACGGCCCUGCUGAAGAUGGACUGCCAGGGGCUGGUGGUGAGGCUGGUGCAGGACUUCGUGCUGCUGACCACGGCGGUGGAGGUGGCCCAGCGCUGGAGGGAGCUGGCCGAGAAGCUGGCCAAGGUGUCCAGGCAGCAGCUGGACGCCUACGAGGCCCCGCACCGGGACAGGACGGGCACGGUGGACACCGAGGCCAUGUGGAAGCCAGCCUACGACUUCCUGCUCACCUGGAGCAGCCAGAUGGGGGACAGCUACCGGGAUGUCAUCCAGGAGCUGCACACGGGGCUGGACAAGAUGAAGAACCCCAUCACCAAGCGCUGGAAGCACCUCACGGGCACCCUGAUCCUCGUCAACUCCUUGGACAUGCUGAGGGCGGCCGCCUUCAGCCCCCAGGACCACGAGGAUUUUGCCAUUUAGCCCCUGCUUGGCCACGUCUCCUUCCCUGGGAUUUUUUUCCCCCCUCUCCCCCUUGGUUUUUUUUAAAGCA